AUGGAACUAAUGUUCGCCGAGUGGGAAGACGGAGAAAGGUUCUCGUUCGAAGACUCGGACCGGUUCGAGGAAGACUCGCUGUGCUCGUUCAUAUCAGAAGCGGAGAGUCUCUGUCAAAACUGGAGGGGAUGGAGAAAGCAGUCUGCGGGGCCCAAUUCGCCAACAGUCAAAAUAAAAGAUGGCCAGGUGAUCCCGCUGGUGGAGCUGUCUGCCAAGCAGGUGGCGUUCCACAUCCCGUUCGAGGUGGUGGAGAAGGUGUACCCCCCCGUCCCGGAGCAGCUUCAGCUCCGCAUCGCCUACUGGAGCUUCCCCGAAAACGAGGAGGACAUCCGGCUGUACUCCUGUCUGGCCAAUGGGAGCCCUGACGAGUUCCAGCGCGGAGAGCAGCUGUACAGGAUGCGUGCCGUAAAAGACCCGCUGCAGAUCGGAUUCCACCUCAGCGCCACCGUGGUGUCUCCCCAGGCCGGGCAGUCCAAGGGCGCGUACAAUGUGGCCGUCAUGUUCGACCGCUGCCGCAUCACUUCCUGCAGCUGCACCUGCGGGGCGGGGGCCAAGUGGUGUGCCCACGUGGUGGCGCUCUGCCUCUUCCGAAUCCACAACGCUUCGGCGGUGUGCCUCCGCGCUCCUGUGUCCGAGUCCCUGUCCCGGCUGCAGAGGGACCAGCUGCAGAAGUUUGCUCAGUACCUCAUCAGCGAGCUUCCUCAGCAGAUCCUGCCCACCGCCCAGCGCCUCCUGGAUGAACUGCUGUCCUCCCAGUCCACUGCCAUCAACACCGUGUGCGGGGCUCCAGACCCCACCGCAGGCCCCUCGGCCUCCGACCAGAGCACCUGGUACCUGGACGAGUCCACGCUCAGCGACAACAUCAAGAAGACCCUGCACAAGUUCUGCGGCCCCUCGCCGGUGGUCUUCAGCGAUGUGAACUCCAUGUACCUGUCGUCCACGGAGCCGCCGGCCGCGGCGGAGUGGGCGUGUCUCCUGAGGCCCCUGAGGGGCCGGGAGCCGGAGGGCAUCUGGAACCUUCUCUCCAUCGUCAGGGAGAUGUUCAAGAGGAGGGACAGCAACGCAGCGCCCCUGCUGGAGAUACUGACCGAGCAGUGCCUCACCUAUGAACAGAUAAUCGGCUGGUGGUACAGCGUCCGCACCUCCGCCUCCCACAGCAGCGCCAGCGGUCACACAGGCCGCAGCAACGGCCAAUCGGAGGUGGCGGCCCACGCCUGCGCCAGCAUGUGCGACGAGAUGGUGGUCCUGUGGCGGCUGGCGGUGCUCGACCCCACCAUGAGCCCUCAGAGGCGCUGGGAGCUGUCUGCGCAGCUGAAGCAGUGGCACCUGAAGGUGAUCGAGAUCGUGAAGCGCGGGCAGCACCGCAAGUCGCUGGACAAGCUGUUCCAGGGCUUCAAGCCGGCCGUGGAGUCCUGCUACUUCAACUGGGAGCUGGCCUACCCGCUGCCCGGCAUCACCUACUGCAGCGCCGACAAGAAGAGCGCCUCCUUCUGCUGGGCGCGGGCGGUGCAGCAGCAGCGGGGGGCCAAGGCGGGGCAGGGGGGGGACCCCCCGGAGCCGGGGGGAGGAGGAGGAGGAGGGCUGGGCCGCCUCGGGACGUCGGAGGGGGGCGGCCCCGAACACAAGAGCCGCGGCGGGCACCCGGCCCAGCAGGAGGUGGCGGUGCGGCCCAAGGAGACGCUGGUCAGCAAGAGGAAGGGGCUGGCGGCGGGGGGCGGCGGCGUGCUGGUGCGCCUGGGAGGGGGCGUGUCCCUGGCGCUGGACGACGGGGGGAAGGGGAUGUACAAGGCCGGGGGCGGCGGCGGCUCCUCCUCCUCGGCGGGCGGGAAGGCCAAGCUGUCGCAGGGCGGGAAGGCAUGCGGAGGGUCGUCGGGCGCGGGCGGGAAGCACGGCGGCGGCGGCGGCGGCGGCGGCGGCGGCGGCAAGCGCAGGACGAGCAGCGAGGACAGCUCGCUGGAGCCCGACCUGGCCGAGCUCAGCCUGGACGACGGCUCCAGCCUGGCGCUCGGCGCCGAGGCCAGCAACACCUUCGACUUCCUGCCGCCGCCGCCCGAGAUGCUGCCCGCCCCCGGGCCGCUGCUGCGCGAGCCGCGCAAGUACGGCGCCGCCGCCGUCGCCAAGGAGACCGCCGCCUUCGACGGGAAGCGGGCGGACCACGCCCCUCUGACGCCCGAGGCCGCCGCCGCCACCUGUUUCCCCAAAGAGAACGCUGUGGUGGUGGGGGCGGGGCCGGGGGCGGGGCCGGGGACGGCGAUGGCGGCGGACCCUGCGCCCGCGGCGGAUAAGGAGGUGGAGGUGGAGGCGGAGAUGGAGGAGGACGGCAGCGAGGAUCCCCUGGUGGACGGCCAGCCCUCCGCCGCCGCCGCCAAGCCGCCCGACGGAGCUGAGGGGGGAGGGGGCGGGGCCACAGCAGCCCCCGCCCCCCAGGCUGCGGAAGCCCCGCCUGACCCCGCCGGCGAGGACGACUACCAGGCCUAUUACCUGAGCGCCGCCUCGGAGGAGGGGGUGGAGCGGGGCGUCCCCGACGGCAACCACGAGGAGGAGCCCGACAUCUUCGCCGGGAUCAAGCCCUUGGAGCAGGAGGGGCGCAUGGAGGUGCUGUUUGCGUGCGCGGAGGCUCUGCACGCUCACGGCUACAGCAACGAGGCCUGCCGAUUGGCUGUGGAGCUGGCGGGGGACCUGCUGUCCAAUCCCCCCGACCUGAAGGUGGAGCAGCCGCAGACCAAGGGGAAGAAGAGCAAGGUGUCGACCAGCCGGCAGACGCAGGUGGCCACCAACACCCUGUCGAAGGCGGCGUUCCUGCUGACGGUGCUGAGCGAGAGGCUGGAGUACCACACCCUGGCCUUCAGCACUGGGAUGUUCUCCCUGGAGCUGCAGAGGCCUCCCGCCUCCACCAAGGCCUUGGAGGUGAAGCUGGCCUAUCAGGAGUCGGAGGUGGUGGCGCUGCUGAAGAAGAUCCCGCUGGGCGUGGUGGAGAUGGGCUCCAUCAGGGACCGGGCGGAGCAGCUCCGCGACGGGAACUUCUGCGACUACCGGCCCGUGCUCCCGCUCAUGCUGGCCAGCUUCAUAUUCGACGUGCUGUGUACCCCCGUGGUCUCUCCCACGGGCUCCCGCCCCCCCAGCCGUAACCGUAACAACGAGAUGCCAGGCGACGAGGAGCUGGGCUUUGAGGCUGCGGUGGCAGCGCUGGGGAUGAAGACGACGGUGAGCGAGGCGGAGCACCCCCUGCUGUGUGAGGGGACCCGGCGGGAGAAGGGCGAUCUGGCGCUGGCCCUCAUGAUCACCUACAAGGACGACCAGAGCAAGCUCAAAAAGAUCCUGGACAAGCUGCUGGACCGCGAGAGCCAGACCCACAAGCCCCAGACGCUCAGCUCCUUCUACUCCAGCAAGCCGGCGGCCAGCAGCCAGAAGAGCCCGUCCAAGCACACCGCGCACGGAGGCGGCGGCGGCGGCGCGGGGGGCGUGUCCAAACACGGCGCCCCAGCCGCGGCGGCGGCGGCGGCAGCGGCGGGCUCCGCCUCCGUGCAGGGCGUGGCCAGCGGGGGCGCGGCCGGGCAGCAGGCGGGGCUUCCCGGCGGCGUGCAGAACGCGGCGGCGGGGGAGGGCUUCAGCGAGAACAGAGAGCAAGACGGGGGCCAGCCGUCCUCGUGCGAGCAGCAGAACGACGCCGCCCCCUUCAAGCCCGAGGGCACGGUGCCCAGCCGCCUGGCGCUGGGGGGGCGGGGGGCGUACAGCGGCCGCUGCUGGGGCUCCCCCGUGCGCCAGAAGAAGAAGCACACGGGCAUGGCGAGCAUCGACAGCAGCGCCCCGGAGACCACCUCCGACAGCUCCCCCACGCUGAGCCGACGCCCGCUCCGCGGCGGCUGGGCGGCCGCCUCCUGGGGGCGGGGCCAGGACAGCGACAGCAUCAGCAGCUCGUCCUCCGAUUCGCUGGGCUCCUCGUCGUCCAGCGGCUCGCGCAGGGCCGGGGGCGGAGCCAGGGCCAAGAGCGCCGACACCAGCAGGUACAAAGGGCGUCGGCCCGAGUGCCACGCCCCGCACGUCCCCAACCAGCCGUCGGAGGCGGCGGCGCACUUCUACUUCGAGCUGGCCAAGACGGUGCUGAUCAAGGCGGGGGGGAACAGCUCCACCUCCAUCUUCACCCAGCCCUCGGCCAGCGGGGGCCACCAGGGCCCCCACCGAAACCUGCACCUCUGUGCCUUCGAGAUCGGCCUCUACGCCCUGGGCCUGCACAACUUCGUCUCCCCAAACUGGCUGUCCCGCACCUACUCCUCGCACGUGUCCUGGAUCACCGGUCAGGCCAUGGAGAUCGGCAGCGCCGCCCUCAACAUCCUGGUGGAGUGCUGGGACGGGCACCUGACCCCGCCCGAGGUGGCGUCCCUGGCCGACCGGGCCUCGCGGGCGCGGGACCCCAACAUGGUGCGCGCCGCCGCCGAGCUGGCGCUCAGCUGCCUGCCCCACGCCCACGCCCUCAACCCCAACGAGAUCCAGAGGGCCCUGGUGCAGUGCAAAGAGCAGGAUAACGUGAUGCUGGAGAAGGCCUGCAUGGCUGUGGAGGAGGCGGCGAAGGGCGGGGGGGUGUACCCCGAGGUGCUGUUCGAGGUGGCGCACCAGUGGUACUGGCUCUACGAGCAGACCGUGGGGGGCGGAGGCGGGGCCCAGCGCGAGGGUCCGGGCCGGUGCGGGGCCAACGGAGGGGCGGGGCGAAGGGCCGCCGAUGCGGGGCGGGGUGCGCUGGAUGGCGGGGGGCCCAUGGACCCGGGAGGGGUGGCGGUGACGGCCACGGUCACGGCCGCCGCCGUGGUGCCCGUCAUCUCCGUGGGCUCCACCAUCUACCAGUCGCACGCCAUCCCGGGCUCGGCCAUCGCCCACGCCCACACCCAGGGCCUGCACCCCUACACCACCAUCCAGGCCCACCUCCCCACCGUCUGCACUCCGCAGUACCUGGGACACCCUCUGCAGCACGUCCCGCGGCCCGCUGUCUUUCCUGUGUCCGGGGCGGCCUACCCACAGGGAAUGCACCCCGCCUUCAUCGGUGCCCAGUACCCCUUCUCCGUGGCGACCGGCCCCCACCCGCCCAUGGCAGCGACUGCAGUCACAUUCCCGGGCGUCCCAGUUCCGUCCAUGACCCAAAUCGCCGUCCACCCCUACCACACGGAGACGGGGCUGCCCCUCAGCACCACCGUGGCAGUAGGUGGCUCCACCAUCCAGGCCAUCCAGGGGGCCUCCCUUCCAGGCCUGUCUUCCCAGCCCGCCUCAUUGGUCAGCACGCCCUUCCCCUCUGAAGACGAGCAGCACAGCCAGCCAAUCAGCCAGCAGGGCCUGCACUACCUGCACUCCGCCUACAGAGUUGGCAUGCUCGCCCUGGAGAUGCUGGGCAGGAGGGCGCACAACGACCACCCCAACAACUUCUCCCGCAGCCCGCCCUACACGGAGGACGUCAAGUGGCUCCUGGGCCUGGCGGCACGCCUCGGCGUGAACUUCGUCUACCAGUUCUGCGUGGGCGCGGCCAAGGGCGUGCUCAGCCCCUUCGUCCUGCAGGAGAUCAUCAUGGAGGCCCUGCAGCGGCUAAACCCCGCCCACAUCCACGCCCACCUCAGAACGCCGGCGUUCCAUCAGCUGGUGCAGCGCUGCCACCAGGCCUACCUGCAGUACAUCCACCACCGGCUGAUCCACCUGACCCCCGCCGACUACGACGACUUCGUCAACAUCAUCCGCAGCGCCCGCAGCGCCUUCUGCCUCACCCCCGUGGGCAUGAUGCAGUUCAACGACGUGCUGCAGAACCUGAAGAGGGGCAAGCAGACCAAGGAGCUGUGGCAGAGGAUCUCCCUGGAGAUGGCCACCUUCUCCCCCUGAUGAGCGUCUUGGGAGAAUGUCGCCGGGGCGGGGGGGGGGGGGGGGGGGGGCGGUGACCCCUC